CAGUUUGCCCCCACCACCUCUCUCUCGUUUCCUCACAGCCUCUCUCUCGCUCUCUUUUGUGGCAUUCGCUCUCUCUCUCUCUCUCUGUUCUGCGGAGAAAAACAAGCUCCUGGGAAAAGAAAAAGGCUUUCAAGAAACAAUUGAAAUGGCUAUGAAGCUCAAUCCCAUCACUUUCCAGUCCCAGAAAUACCCUUCUUUUGCUCUUCCACCAAUGGCCAGUCUCAGAUCUCCCAAGUUUUUCAUGGCUUCUACGCUCCGCUCCGGCUCCAAGGAGGUUGAGAAUCUAAAGAAGCCUUUUAGCCCUCCUCGUGAGGUUCAUGUUCAAGUAACACACUCCAUGCCACCCCAAAAGAUAGAGAUCUUCAAAAAUUUGGAGGAUUGGGCUGAUCAGAACAUUUUGGUUCACCUUAAGCCUGUGGAGAAAUGUUGGCAACCACAGGAUUUUCUGCCCGAUCCUGCUUCUGAGGGAUUUGAUGAGCAAGUCCGGGAACUAAGGGAAAGGGCAAAGGAGAUUCCAGAUGAUUACUUUGUUGUUUUGGUUGGAGAUAUGAUCACAGAAGAAGCCCUUCCAACUUACCAAACAAUGCUAAAUACCCUAGAUGGUGUUCGGGAUGAAACAGGAGCUAGCCCAACUUCUUGGGCAGUAUGGACUAGGGCCUGGACUGCUGAAGAAAACAGGCACGGUGAUCUUCUCAAUAAGUAUCUCUACCUAUCUGGACGUGUAGACAUGAGGCAAAUUGAGAAGACAAUUCAGUAUUUGAUUGGGUCAGGAAUGGAUCCACGGACAGAAAACAGUCCCUACCUUGGAUUCAUUUACACAUCAUUCCAAGAAAGAGCGACUUUCAUCUCGCACGGGAACACAGCCAGACAUGCCAAGGAGCACGGAGACAUUAAGCUCGCUCAAAUCUGUGGUACUAUUGCCUCAGAUGAGAAGCGCCAUGAAACUGCUUACACCAAGAUAGUGGAAAAGCUCUUUGAGAUUGACCCUGAUGGAACUGUUCUAGCUCUUGCUGACAUGAUGAAGAAGAAAAUCUCUAUGCCAGCCCACUUGAUGUACGAUGGCCGUGACGACAACCUAUUUGAGCACUUCUCGUCUGUUGCUCAGCGACUUGGUGUCUACACCGCUAAGGACUAUGCAGAUAUAUUGGAAUUUUUGGUUGGGAGGUGGCAAGUGGAGGAACUAACUGGUCUUUCUGCAGAGGGACGAAAAGCUCAGGACUAUGUUUGUGGGUUGCCUCCAAGAAUUAGAAAGCUGGAGGAAAGAGCUCAAAGCAGAGUUAAGCAAGUCCGCCCUGUUCCAUUUAGCUGGAUCUUUGAUAGAGAACUGAAGAUCUGAGUGCCUGACAGAAUAAGAAGUUGUUCAGCUUCACUCUCCUGCAAGUCCCUUCUCACUUUCCCAUAAAAAAGCAAAUUUGGAGUUUUAGUUCGAUUUUGCAAUUCCAUUUCCCUUUCAUUAUGAGAAGAGAUUUUGUUCAGAUGGACUAUGGUUAGUAGUUGUAGAUAACGGUUCUUUCUCGUGUGCGGUUGGAUCUUCAUAUAAGGAUCAACUGUUAGUGCUGUGUUUUGUAUGAUUAUGCUGUUUUUUUUUUUUUCGUUUCUUUUUUUUGGGGGGGAAUUAAUAGUGUCUUGAGUAUAACAAAUUGUCCCUGUUUGGCAAUUUUGAUGAUAGACUUUUAUAGUAAAUUGGCACUUCUCCAUAGUGUCUAUUUACAGAAUUAUGUAGCAUUCACUAUAAUGAAAUGGAGAAAUAUGAUGCAUUCUGAGUUUAAUGUUUAAAUUGAAACUAUUGAAAUA